ACGACCUGGGGAGGGGCCGCGAGAGGCUGCCGGAGGCGGUGCACGGCUCAGCCGCGGCGCAGGUCACGCGGCGCCGGUCACCUCGGCGCCAUGGAGGAGGACCGCUUCCACAGGGCCGCUCGGGACGGCUAUCUGGACCUGCUGCACGAGGCGAGCAAGCGCGACUGCAAUGCGCAGGAUGAGGAUGGCAUGACGCCGACGCUGUGGGCCGCCCACGAGGGACACCUGGACGCGCUCCGACUGAUCGCCGGCCGUGGGGGUGAUCCGGACAAAUGCGACAACUACGGCAACACGGCCCUGCACUGCGCAGCGGCCAAGGGUCACAUGAACUGCGUCAGCUUCCUGGUGAACUUCGGCGCCAACCUGUGGGCGCUCGACAACGACUUCCACACGGCCAAGGACUUGGCGGCCAUCCGCAGCCGCGAUGACGUGCUGCGCUACCUGGACACAGUCAUCGCCAAACAGGAGGCGCUCAACAAGAAGGUCGCCCGGUCGCUGAAGGAGAAGGCCGUCAAAGAGGCAGAGAAGAGGGUCAAGGAGUAUGACAAGAUACAGAAGAAGCUGGACCGUAAGGCGGCCAAGGAGGAGCAGCGAAUGCAGCUGGAGCGGCAGAAGAUGGAGCAGCACGGCGGCGACGAGGCGGCACCGGCGGAGGCGCCGGAGAGCGCGCCGGCCAAGACGCGCAGCAUCGUCUCCACCAUCUCGCGCGGCACGGCCGGCCUGCUCGGCCUGCACAAGGAGAAACCUCACGUGAGCGGCCAGACGCCCAGGUUCUCCGAGCUGACGAACGCCGGGGCGGCCGCCAACCGGAACCGCAUGCUGCCGGGCGGUGUGAACCGUCGUCUGCAGCAGCGGCGCAACAACAAGUUCGAGGAACAGAACUUCACGGUGUCCGACAGCGCCAACGGCACCAAGUCGGUGCGCAGUCUGUCCGGCCUGAAGCGGGACGAUCAGAUCAUGUACGUGCAGAAGUACGAGGAGGAGGGCUCGGGCGCCGACGGCCCAGGCAAGCGGGGUAAGCUGACGGACCUGGAUUUCAACCAGUCGGGGGCGGCUGCCGAGCAGUCGCUGUUCGACCGACCCGGCUUCGGCAACGUCGCCUUCAGGAGAAACAUAAACUCGGCGCUGAGUCAGCUACCCGAGGACCGGGAGGUCAAGUCAGGUCAGGAGGACAGCAUCGGCUCCGCCGGCAGCCUCACCGGAAAGCAGAACCCCUGGGACGAAGAGGACCUUCCAAGCGAUGACGAGGUGGAGGAGAUGAACCCGGAGACGUCGGCGCUGCACCUGGUGCUGACGUCGGCCGGCCUGGCCGAGUUCAUCCCGACGUUCACGCGCGAGCAGAUCGACCUGGCGGCACUGGCGCUGCUCUCCGAGGCCGACCUGGCCGAGCUGGGCCUGCCGCUCGGGCCGCGCCGCAAGCUGCUCAAGGCGCUCAGCGACCGGGAGGCGGCGCUGGCGCAGCCCGGCGAGAUCACCGACACGCCGCUCUGAGAGCGCGACGCCGGCGGCACUCUCGCCAGCGCUGGGCGCGGGAACCGAGAGCUGCGUGUGUGUGAGAGGAGGCGAGAGGUGAGCUAGCUCACGGCCUGCGGUCGGCAUGGGCCGGGCCAGUGCGGUAGCGUCGUGUGACGCUCGGUGAGGACUCCUGGAAGCACGAUGCCGCCGUUGACGACUUGGGCGGGCCAUUGAGGAAUGUUCCCGAAUAAACCGGCCGGCCAGAACCGGACUGACGGCGGUGUAUUCUGGCUAGAUCACUUUUUGUCACCGACGUUACAAACGUAACUAAGUCCAUUGAAACUGGCCUGUCGGAACCGCAGUAUGCCACAGACCCCAGUAGUCAAACCCUAUUGCAAAACUCCCCACCAUUCCGGGGAUGUAUGUUGGGAAAGCAGAUCUCUCAAGGGACGGGGAGAAAUGACGUUGUCAAUGCGCACAGAUGCGCAAAACCCGGUACUAGCGAUCCCUUUGCUUUCAUUGUCAUCUUACCGCGUUAGCGCACCAUUCACGGAAACCCUCCGGCUCCAUGACUAUGGUGCGUAAAGCGAAAUGACGAAACGACGUAAGCGUUCGCGCGGCUUCGAGCCGACAGAGGAGCAUAGUCAAAUUGCAGAACGUGGAGGAGCCGUUCAUGAGCUGGGAACGACCCCCCCCCCUUGCCAUGCGAUGGCAACAUCAUGACCCCCAGUGUGGUCACCGCAGUAGCCAGGGCACGGCGCGAGAUGACGUCAUCAGCACUUGAAUGAUGCCAUUGCUGCGGAGUAAUCGGUCUGACCAGCGCGCGAGCGCCGUCCCGCCCUGCGUCUUGCGCCCUGCGCCCUGCGUCCUGCGCCCUGCGCCCUGCGUCCUGCGCCCGUGACAAGCCGCCAGAGCGUCUCGGGCUCGCGUGCG